AUGCUGCUGAAGAUGAAAUUCACCCAGCAGCGGCGGGUGCAUCUGGCCCAGGGCCUGUGGCUGCUGUCCUGGCUGGCAGUGAUGUGCGGGGUCUUCAUCUUUUGUCUGGGGGUUUACCUUAAGAUAGAGCUGCUCCGUAGGGCCGAGGUGAUGGACAACACAGAGAUCCACGUGGUGCCCAACAUCCUGAUGAUGGUGGGCCUGGCCUCCAUCGGCACCAACUGGGUUGCCAGUCGUGUGUGUCAGGAUUCCUUGGACUCAAGCCGCUUCCCCCGUUGGAAGGUCCUCCUGAUGGCUUGGUUUGGUGUAGCUGCAAUGCUCUGUUGUCUGCUCAUCGCUGUUGUGGUGCUCAGCUACGCCCUGCAGGGACGACUGGAGGAGUCCCUGAAGGUGGGCCUGAGGAAUGGCAUUCGUUUCUACAAGGACACAGACGUGCCGGGCCGCUGUUUUCAGAAAGAGACCAUCGAUCGUCUGCAGAUGGAGUUUCGCUGCUGUGGAAACAACAACUUCAGGGACUGGUUUGAGGUUCAGUGGGUCAGCAACAGAUACCUGGACUUCACCUCCAAGGAUGUCAAGGAUCGUAUCCGGAGUAACGUGGAUGGCCGUUACCUGUUGGACGGUGUUCCUUUCAGCUGCUGUAACCCGGCCUCCCCUCGCCCCUGCCUGCAGUACCACCUGACAGAUAACAGUGUCCACUACAACUACGAGUUCCAAUCAGAGGAGCUCAACCUGUACAGCCGCGGCUGUAGGCAGGCUCUGAUCGACUACUACAUGGGCUUGAUGAAUUCAACUGGUCCUGGUGUGCUGUCAGUCAUCUUAAUACAGAUGUCAGUGCUUCUGAGCCUGCGGUACCUGCAGACUGCUGUGGAGGGAGCCAUGGCUCUGGAGGACCCAGAGGGCGACAGUGAGGGUUAUUUCCUGGAGAAGGGAGUGAAAGAAACCUUUGAGGAUGUCAAAGCCAAUGUCCUCACCAUGCUAAAAAUCGGGCAGGUUGACCCCACCGCCGCUGAAGAGUCCCCUGAGGAUGCAGACGCUGAGAAGGCUGCUGAUAACACGGAGAAGGCUGCCUCCCCUACUCCUGCCAGCUAG